CCAGAGAUAGAGAACUGGGUCAAGGAAUGUGGGGCAGAGACCUGCUCCCAGGCAGUGGCCCUGGCUGAAGGUUUCCUCCUGAGUAAGAAAGAAGAGAAAUGCAAGGAGGAAGGAGAGCACCAGGUGGGGAUAAUUUAUGCUGGUAGGUUCAAAGUGCUAGGAAUAUUGGUUUCAGAGGGUAUUUUAAAACUACAAUACAACCCUUUUUUCUGCAGAGGAUACAUCUCAAUACUACCUUGUAGAUAAGAGUUUCCAAACAUUUCAAGUUUGUGAUACACUCUUUUUAGUACAUGCAUCAUUAUGCAACACAGUAAUUCAGUUUUAAUUUCAACGCAGAGGUUAAACCAAUCCUUUAUAAGAGAUAUGGACACAUACAUGAAUCAUAAUAACGAAACAUAUGGGGACACAACCAUUUAUUUUUCUAUAUAUUCGCUUGGGUACCUGACGUUGCCCAGGUUACUUGAAAAAGUCAUUUUUUAAUUGUACAAAAUGCAUAAGGUUGUGGAUUGACUACAACUGACAUCAUGCCACGUUAACCCCGAGAAACUCCAUCAGUAUUUAAAGGUUUUUUUUGUUGGGCAAGUUUGCUCUGGAUGCAUUACUGGUGGGGUUCAAUGUGCUUUCUGGCUGCAGGUUAAACUACAACUCCCACUAUGGUGAAUCAGCCCCCUCAACCCCCCCCCCCCAAGUAGGUUGAGUUAGUCAUGGGGGUUCUGUGUGUCAUGUUUGGUCCAGGUCCAUCAUCAGUGGAGGCCACAGUUUCUCUGGUUGUGGGUGAACUACAACUUCCAGAAAGGAAGGCCAGUUCCUGCCAAACCCCUCUAGUAAUCCAAUUUCAGCAUAUCAGGUAUAUGUGUCAAGUUUGUUCCAGAUCCAUCUGUGUUUGGGUUCACAGUGCUCUCUGGAUGUAGGUGAACUCCAACUCCCCCAAAUCAAGGUGAAUUUUCCCCAGAAACAUCCAGUGUUUUUUGCUGCUCAUGGGCACUCUGUGUGUCAAGUUUGGUCCAAUUCUAUCUUUGGUAGAUUUCAGAGUGCUGCUGGAUUGCAGGUGAACUAUAAAUCCCAGUACCUACAACUCUAACAUGUCCAGGCCAAUUUCCCUCAAAACCCACCAGUAUUCACAUUUGGGUAUAUGGGGUAUGCAUGCCAGGUUUGGUCCAGAUCCAUCAUUGUUUGGGUUCAUAGUACACUCUGGAUAUAGGUGAACUACAACUCCUAUAAAUCCCUCCAACGAUCUCCAGUAUUUUUUUGAUGGCCAUGGGGAUUCUGUGUGCCAAAUUAGUUCCAGGUCUGUUGUUGGUGGAGUUCAGAGUGCUCUUAGUUUGCAGGUGACCUAUACAUCCCACAACUCCUAUAAAUCUUGGUGAAUUCUCCCCAAACCUCUCUAAUAUUUUCAUUUGCUGAUCAAUUCCUCUGUUUGCUGUGUGACAUAGAAAAGAAUAGGAAAGGGUUAUGGGAGAGGCAGUGGGUGGGGGUCAUACAAAUUCCAUGCUAAUGGAGAGAGAAAGGAACACUGGGAUGUCUGUGGUGGAGGAAACACAAAAAAUCUAGGUUAAAAUUGUCCCCGAAUGAAAGCCUUCACUUGGGCGGGGGGCAGUAUGGUGUUUGUGGAGGACAUUGUCAGGGCUCUUGGACAUGUUCAUGGUGCUUGCUAUAAACUGCAAUGUCAUUGGAGGGAGUGCUUUUGGUGGCUCCUCAGCGCUGUGGGUUAUAGCUGUUUGUGGAAGUGGGAGUCUGUCGAGGUGGGCACCGCAGCCACAAUUAUUCUCAUUCAGACUAAAUGUGUAUAUUUGUCUUAAAGUAUAUAUAUUAUUGCCAAAUAUAUUUCUAGGAUGUGUUAUACACCUCAUUCCUCUACUGAACAUAACCUGUAUAUAUCUCAACAGGAAAACAAUGCUAGUAUCUGAUAUACACACAACCCAACAACAGGACUUGUUUGUGAAGGAGAAAGCUGAGAUGGGGAAGUGUCUUUCUGAGACCAAGCAGAUGAUGCUGGACACAGAUAGAAUCUCCAGUUCUAUAGGUGAUGGGAUAUUGACAUUGGCAGCUUCUCUUGAUUGUGAUGCUCCUGAUGCAUCUUCAGUGAGACUAAAUCAGGUAACUUUUGAAGAGGUGGCUGUCUUUUUCAGUGAGGAGGAGUGGGUUCUGCUGGAUGCAGCACAAUUGUUUCUGCACUGGGAAGUGAUGGGGGAGAAUUUGGGCCUUGUGUCCUCUCUGGCUGGUGAUGGGCAUCUGGUUGAGAAUGAAGGAGAAUCAUACAGGUUGUGGCCUGAAAGAGCCACAUGUGAAGAGGUGAAAGAGACAGAAAGAUACACUGAUGCUGAAGGAAAGAGGAGGAGUAAAGCAACAGCGUGUCAAAGUGGGGAGAUCUUUGGAAUCUCAGUUGAAGAAAUGACACCCAAUGGAAAUGAAUGCACUUGUUUUCUGUGUAGGAGAAGCUUCAGUUGUCAAGCGAGCCUUGACUGUCACAUGAAGAUGCACACAGGGGAGAUGUCUUUCAAAGGUGACGAAUGUGGAAAGAUCAUCGGUGAUGGGAAAGACCUAGUUUCCUAUGAAAAGACUCAUCUGAGGGAGAAACCAUUUUGCUGCCUGGUGUGUGGAAAGAGCUUCCAUAAAAAGCUCCACCUGACCUCUCAUGAGAGAAUCCAUACAGGGGAGAAGCCGUUUAAAUGUGUGAUGUGUGACAAGAGAUUCAAUCACAAAAGAACACUCACUCGCCAUGGGAAAGUUCAUAUGGGAGAGAAACCAUUUAAAUGCUUGGAGUGUGGGAAGAGCUUCAUUCAGAAGACGGACCUCGCUCGUCAUCAAGCUAUUCAUUCGGGGGAGAAGCCAUUUAAAUGCUUGGAGUGUGGGAAAGGAUUCACGCAGAAGGGGAACCUUGCCUGUCAUGAAAGGAUUCAUACAGGGGAGAGACCUUUUCAGUGCGCUGAGUGUGGGAAGAGUUUCAGUCGCAAGAAAGGCCUCAUUUAUCACCAGACGACUCAUACUGGAGAGAAACUCUUUCAGUGCCUGGAGUGCGGGAAGUAUUUUAGACAGAAGGCAAAUCUCACUUAUCAUCAAACCACUCAUCACAGGAGAGAAACCAUUUCGAUGCUUGGAGUGUGGAACGGACUUCAUUCAGAAGCUGCACUUCACUUGACAGCUAAUAAUUCUUAUGUGGAGAAACGGUUUCAGUGCUUUUAGUGUGGAAAGGGUUGCAGUUUGAAGGUAAACCUCACUCAUCCUCAAGCAGUUCCUAUAGCGGAGAAACCACUUCAAAGCUUGGGAUGGGGAAAGAAAUUAAUUCAGAAAGUACACCCAUUUGCUGCCAAUUGCUUAAGCAGCUGAGGGGGAAAAGGAAAGGUCCUGAGGCUGUUAGGAAUGGUGGGAGUUAGAGUCCAAAACACCUGGGGGGCCCAAGUUUGCCCAAGUCUGGUGUAGAUGCAUCCUUUGUCAGCAUGCCAUUUAUGAUAUUGGAAAAAAUCAGGCCCAGAACAGAAAUUUGCCACUUUUCUUCAUUGAUGUUCAGGAACCAUUGGUGUACACUCUGUGGUCUCAGUCCAUAAGCCAAUUUCCAAACACUUAACAAUAGGUUCAUGGAGCCCACAUUUUAUCAUUAUUGACUCUUAGUGUUAUCAGUAUAUUUUUUAUUGGUUUUUGUUUUUGUCCUUUCAUGUUUAUAUUUUAUCAUUGCUUGUAUUUUGAUUUUGCUGUAAGCCGUCCCGAGUCUAAUUAUUAUUAUAAUUAUUAUUAUUAUUAUUAUUAUUAUUAUUAUUAUUAUUAUUAUUAUUGGCAACUUUGUCCAAAGCCUUAAUGAUAUCAAUAUGUGCCAACACAACAGUCCUGUAAUCUAUCAGAUUUGUAACUCUGUCCAAAACUAGAGGUAAGAAUAGUUCAGUAUUAAUUCCUUACUGGCCUCUUGGCAAUCACUGCACUCUUUUCUAUGUAGAAACGGAUGGAUAUGAGAAAAAAUAUGAUUACCUUGAAGCACAUAGCCCUAGAUUCCUCUUAGGCCCCAUCUACACUGACCGUUUAACUCAGUUUCAAAUUGUGGCCAGACAACAAACUCCCACAAAAAAUGCACAAAAAAAUGUUCUGUGGUUUGUGUCAUCAUCAUCUGGUUCCAGGAUUUCCUAUAUGAUCAUCUGCACAGCGAAAGUACUUUUUUCAAUACAGUUGCCGGUUUGAAUUCAAGCCGGGAGAGUAAGGAUGAGCUCCCUUUGUCAGCUCCAGCUCCAUGCAGGGACAUGAGAGAAGCCUCCCACAAGGAUGGUGAAACAUCUGGGUAUCCUCUGGGUAACGUCCUUCCAGACAGCCAAUUCUCUUCCUCCAGAAGCGACUUGCAGUUGCUCAAGUUGCUCCUGACAUGAGGGGAAAAAAACCAAAUGCUGUUAAAGGUAUGGUGUAGGGAGUCACACAGAACUGCAUUCUUCUUUACAUUGCAAAGCAAUAUCUGAAUAGUACAGAUAGUGUUGAAAUACACUUUUCUGGUCUUCUUUAGAUGCCCUUUGGGAAGAACUAAUGAAUGAAUGGAUACGUUAACCCCCACCCCGUCUGUCACCCUUUAACACAAAUAUGUAAGAGCCCUUCCAGGAAUAAAAAAGCAUCAACUUACAUUUUUUUACAUUUUUCUCUUGAUAUAUUAACUGUAUUUAUUGUAUAUGCCUUUAAUUACUCCGGAUUUGUAAUAUUUUGGCCAUGGCUUGAUGGUGGUCAGAUUGUUACCUUCUUCACUGCUGCUAUUAUUGAAUACAGUAUUAUUUUAUA